CUUAGACAACCACAAAAACCAUUUACAUAUCUUCUUCUUGUUCUUCUUGAUCAUCAUCUUGUUCAUCUCUCAACGGCAAGAAAAAAAAUAUAGAAAUCAUGAUCAAUCUCUUCCAGUCUCUAAAAAGAUCAUUGGCUUAUGCAGUCAUAUGGAUGCUCUUUAUGAUUCUGGAUUGUGUUUUGUCAGUUAAUGAGCGUCACAAACACUGCGCUCCAACGUUUAGCUGUGGAGAUAAGAGAGAUCUCUAUUACCCCUUUUGGACACCUGACAGAGAAGAGUGCGGUCACCCAGAUUUCAAGGUCAACUGCAGCGACGGUUUUGCAGAGCUUACCAUUUCCUCAGUUAAGCUGAGAAUCCUUGAGAUGAAUUCUAAGUCUAGAAUCAUCAGGCUUGCCAGAAUGGAUUACAUCAACGAUCUUUGUCCCCAUAAGCCUGAGAACGCAACACUCAACAAUCAAGUCCUUCCAUUUUCCAAAGACACAGAGUUCCUAACGUUUUACUACCGAUGCCAUGUUGACCCAAAAGUGAUCAGUGGCCACAUCAGACAGAUUGACUGUGACGAUGAUGAUACUGACAGACCAAGUUUCUCUGUCUCGUCCCAUUUAUAUUAUCGGAGAAGGGAAAUCAUAAAUAAGUUAAGGGAAUCAUGUACAAGUAUCGUCAACGUUCCAGUCUCUCGAACUGCCUUGAGGACAGAAGAGAGGAAUCAGAGUGCGGAGGCUAUAACGAAGGCUCUUGAAAAGGGUUUCGAGGUUAGUUUUAACAGAGAGUGUUCGCGAUGCAGAAGAUCAAAUGGUGCUUGUGGAUAUAAUGAAACCUUGGGAGGAUUCGUCUGCUAUUGUAUAAAUGAGCAUCAUCAUAAGCACACUUGUGAAAACAAUGGUCUAUCCAAACCAGCAAAAAUAGGCAUUGGAUUCGUUUGUGGUUUCUUGGGUGCCACUGUUUUAACAGCAUGUUUGGUCUGUUUCUACAUCCGGAGAAGGAAGAAACUGGCAGCACAAAUCACAAACAAAGGCCUUUCAGAUACUCCUUACUCAAGAAGCAACCACGCUCUCAUGCCAUCUAUCUCUAACCUAGCAAACAGAAGUGUCUAUAAUGGAGUUCAGGUCUUCAGCUACGAAGAACUCGAGGAAGCCACUGAUAAUUUCUCUAGAGAGCUCGGAGAUGGAGGAUUCAGUACUGUCUACUACGGCAUACUGAAGGACGGACGAGCCGUAGCUGUAAAACGCUUCUUCGAGAAGUCCCUGAAACGUGUGGAACAGUUCAAGAACGAGAUCGAUAUCUUGAAAUCCUUAAAACACCCGAACCUAGUGAUUCUAUACGGAUGCACAACGAGGCAUAGCAGAGAGCUACUCCUAGUGUAUGAAUACAUCUCUAAUGGCACACUCGCUGAUAAUCUCCAUGGAGCACAAGCACAGUCUCGUCCUAUCGGCUGGCCUGGUCGACUCAACAUCGCCAUUCAAACCGCGAGUGCAUUGUCCUUCCUCCAUGCCUCAGGAAUCAUACACAGAGAUGUUAAGAGUACGAACAUUCUUCUAGAUAGCAACUACCAAGUCAAAGUGGCUGACUUCGGACUCUCGCGGUUGUUCCCGCCUGAUCGAUCCCACAUCUCAACCGCGCCGCAAGGGACUCCGGGGUACGUUGAUCCAGAGUAUUAUCAAUGUUACCGUCUCAACGAGAAGAGCGACGUGUACAGCUUCGGAGUCGUGCUCUCGGAGCUGAUCUCAUCCAAGAAAGCAGUCGAUGUCGCAAGAAACCGCGAGGAUAUCAACCUCGCGAACAUGGCGAUCUCCAAAAUUGGAAAUGACUCCGUCCACGAGCUGGUGGAUCUGUCUCUCGGAUUCGAGAGGGAUCCUUCCGUUAAUAGGAUGAUGGUUUCGGUUGCUGAACUGGCGUUCCGCUGUUUGCAAGCGGAGAGGGAGGCACGGCCGGCCAUGGAUGAGGUUGUCAAGGUUUUGAGAGGGAUUCAGAAGGAAGGUGAGAGAGAUGGUCCUGAGGUGGUCGAGGUAGAUGACGCUGCGUUGUUAAAGCACUGUGUUCCUCCGUUGUUAUCAUCGACGGUGACUGAGAAAGAGACGAGUAGGACGACGACGAGUAGUUCGAGUAGGACGAGGAGGAGUUCGUUUUGAGAUUGUAAAUCGGAGAGAUUCUGGACCUAGGCGAGGGUGUGGUGUCGGUAUAUGGAUAAAACCAUUUGCGAAUUUCACCUUUUUGACUCUUUUGUUUUUGUUUACUGUUUUUUCUCUUGGUUUUUGCAUAAAAGGACCAUUACUAUUCGUUAACUGUUUUACUAAUUAAAACUAGAUUUUGAUCCGCACGCCCGUACGGUUGUAUAAAUUUAUAAAAUAUGUUGUUUUUCA